AUGAAAGCCUCUACUCGACGUGGUAGCCUAUCUCAGUCUCAGAAAUCAUUAGGCAUCCAAAGCGCCGAGACUGAUCCAACACCAAUUUUACAAGAAGCUCGACCUACAGCAGGUCCCAAACGUUACUCAAUCAGCUUCAAUUUAGCACCUGCUUCUUCUUUUAAAAACAAGGCUGAUGCAAAACAAAAGAGACGUCUCACUCGAAACAAUACCGCUGUUGACGGUGGCGAAUUAUCUGAUGAUUUUGCUAAAGAAUUGACUGCAAGACAAAAGGCUUUCAGACGUCUUUCUCGACGCAGGCCGCAGCCAGAAGAAGAAGAUCGUGUGUUAAUGGGUACACGUAUUUCAGAAGGACAUCAAAAUUAUAUUUUGAUGUACAACAUGUUGACUGGUAUUCGUAUCGCAGUCGGACGAGUCUCGGCUAAACCAGACCGACCUUUGGUUGAACAAGAUUUUACUGCUGCACAUAAACUUGCUUUUGAUGUUACUGGUGAUGAAUUAACUCCAGGUGCUAAAUAUGACUUUAAAUUCAAAGAUUAUGCUCCUUGGGUCUUUCGAGGUUUACGUGAAAGAUUUGGCAUUGAUCCUGCCGAUUAUUUGAUUUCGCUUACAAGUAAAUAUAUCUUGUCUGAAUUAGGUUCACCUGGUAAAAGUGGUAGUUUCUUUUAUUAUUCAAGAGAUUAUCGUUUCAUUAUCAAGACAAUUCAUCAUACAGAGCAAAAGUUUAUGCUCAAGAUUCUGAAAGAAUAUUAUGAUCACGUUUCCUCAAACCCUGAUACACUUCUUUGUCGCUAUUAUGGUCUCCAUCGUGUCAAGCUCCCUCAUGGCCGUAAAAUUCACUUUGUUGUGAUGGGUAAUGUCUUGCCACCUGAUAAGGAUAUUCACGAAACCUAUGAUUUGAAGGGUUCAACAUUGGGUCGUUUCUUGCCCGAAGAGGAAAUCCGCAAGAAUCCAUAUGCUGUCAUGAAAGAUUUGAAUUGGGAAAAGAGUGGCAAAAAGCUGCAACUCGGUCCUCAAAAGAGAAAACUCUUCAUCACUCAAUUACUUCGUGAUGUUAAGCUCCUUGUGAGAAUGAACAUCAUGGACUAUAGUUUGAUGGUUGGUGUUCAUGACAUUGUUCGCGGUAAUAAGGAUAAUGUCCGUAACUCCACACUUCAAUUCUUCCAGCCCAACACCAAACUUGCUGAACGUCGUGCUUCUAUGAUGAAGCGUCGUGAAAGUAAAGCUAUGGUUUAUCGUAAGGUCAUUGCUGAAGCUAAUCCUGACCGCUUGAAUGCUUCUGACUUGCCUGAUACUCCAUUUGAUGAUCGUCGUAACUGUGUAUUCUAUUCUGAUAAUGGUGGCUUCCAAGCCACUGACGAAAGAAAUAGAAAAGCACCCGCUCUUUACUUUAUGGGUAUCAUUGAUAUCUUGACACCUUAUGAUAUGAAGAAGAAGUCAGAACAUUUCUUCAAAUCUAUCACUCAAGACAGAAAUGAAAUCUCUGCUGUUAAGCCUAGAAUCUACGGUAAUCGUUUCAUGGGCUUUAUGGCCAAGGCCAUUGAGCACAAUGAAGAUGUUCCACAUGAAUAUCAAAUUCAAACUGGCAAAGAAAACAAGAAGUUAAUUUAA